AACAGGAAUCUCCCCUGCCGUCUCUGCAUCUGCUUUAUCAGUGUGAUCAGAUCUGUUGGUCGCACGUCGUUAUAAAUACAACUGAACUCAGAGCAGCAACACACACACACACUAACACACACACAGCAGCUGGACCGGGCCGACAGCGACGAUAUGAAGCCGAGACACAGCGUCUGCACUCUGCUGGUACGUUGCAGUGCAUUGUGGGUGGUGGUCUCCUCCUCCUCCAGGGUUAAAGCUCCUCCCCCUCCUCCUCCUGGAUGUGACUCCAUGUUGGCGUUCUCCUCAGAGGUCUCCUCCUUAACUGAGGGGAACGGGAACAUCCACACAAGAUCUCUGUCUCCAUGGACCUGGAGGUCAUCCACGGUGAAGAACCGGAUCCCCUCCACCCUCUGGGAGGCCGAGUGCAGCAGCAGCUUCUGCUCCAGUCCCAGCCCUGGAGACACGGACGAGCACGGCCUGAACUCGGUCCCCGUCUACCAGAACGUCCUGGUCCUGACCCGGCAGGAGGGGGCGGGGCGCUGCUUCACCGCCUCCUUCCAGUCUGUGGCCGUCGGCUGCACCUGCGUCAGGGCCAAGACCAGUCGAACCUGAGGCCACGUCGAUCUGGACCGGCAGCUGGAGACGGAGGAAAAAGAACUAAAUAAAUAAAAGGAAUUUAAUAUUUAAUAUUUUCUAAUUGAA